UUGGCCUCACUGUAACGAUGCAAAGCCUUGAUGAAGUGGACCUCUGUUUCCCACAACUGAACGCCUCCUGCAGGAAGACGGCAUUGCCUCCGCUUGUGUCCAUGAUCACUUACAUCAUGCUAACGUUCAUUGGUCUGCUCACUGUGAUUCUCAACCUGCUCGUCAUUGUCUCCAUCUCUCACUUCAGGAAGCUCCACACCCCGACCAAUAUCCUCCUCCUUUCUCUGGGUAUCUCAGAUUUCUUUGUGGGCUUCCUCAUUUUCAUUCAAACCUCUGCGACAGACGGUUGCUGGUUCCUUGGUGACUUCAUGUGUAUCCUGUAUUACGUGUUGAUGUACAUCACCACCUCUGCCUCGAUAGGAACCAUGAUUCUUAUAUCAGUUGAUCGCUAUGUAGCUAUUUGUGACCCAAUGCAUUACCGAACCAAAGUCUCUGAAAAAAGAGUUAAGAUGUGUGUCUGUGCUUGUUGGGGGGGUUCGACCCUCUGUCACUGUUUGCUGCUGAGGCACAACCUGAAACACCCAGGCAGCCUGAAUUCCUGCAUUGGAGAGUGUGUCAUUCUAAUCAGUAACAUCUCUUCAGUCAUAGACAUGACUGUGUCCUUUAUUGGUCCUGUCAUAGUCGUAGUCGUCCUGUAUCUCAGAGUCUUUGUGGCGGUCAUCGUUCAGGUCCGUGCCAUGCGAGUGCGCACGGCAGCCGGUCCUCAACAAAGCUUGGUCAAAGUAAAGAAAUCCGAAUUGAAAGCGGCGCGGACUCUCGGCGUUGUUGUUGUUGUGUUUUUAUUAUGCCUCUGCCCGUUUUUUUGCGGUACAGUGACAGGUGUGGAUACCCUGCUCAGUGCAUCCAGUAAUGCAUUUCUUUUACUUCUGAUCUACUUAAACUCCUGUUUAAACCCCCUGAUAUAUGCCUUUUUCUAUCCAUGGUUUAGAAAAUCUAUCAAACUAAUUUUUACACUUCAAAUACUGAAGCCUGGCUCAUCUGAUUUCAAAUUAAUGUAAAGAGAACAGAACUGAUGAGUAGUUUUUAAUAAUGUUGGGAUCCUACACAUCAAUAGAGAAACCCAGUGAACAGAGUAAUGUCUCGAGAUAAAUUAACCUUAAACUGUCUGCUUAGGUGGACUUUAGAAUCUCAUAUGCUUGACCCUGUUUGGAAGUGUGCAUAUAGUGCUGCAUGAAAUAUCCCAGCCACAACACCCAUGAGAAAUCUGAAAACCUUAUGUCCCUUAUUGAGUAUCAUGCAUAAUAUAUGUCACAUAUUGUGUCCAGAAUAUGUUAUGAAUAUUGCACAAGUCAAUUCCCAGACGUCUCCUGUUGUUAAAUGUCAAUUAUCCCAUGUCAUUUGUACUUUUAUCACUGCACUUUAGCUUUUUUAACAGUAUAUACAGACUCUUUGUGACUGAGCUGUGAUUUAACAAGUGACAGUUGUUUUUGUUCUGCCUUUGUUUCUCUGAUCAACAACAGUUGUUCUCAAACAAUUAGAACUAAGACUCACAUUCAUCCAUGAAUUUAUGACCCAAACUGUUUAAACUCAUGUUAAUUUCACAAAUACCUUCAUGCAAGAGCUGAGGGAUGUGGCCCUAAAUUCAUAUCCUGUUUUAUGUAGGUCGAGAAGCAAUAUACGGUAUUUUUUUACGAAAUGUGCUUAAAAUGUCUAGUUUUCACAUGAUUUUAGUUAUUUUGCACAGUACAAUAUAUAAAAAUUAUCAUAGGAAUAUCUUGAAUUAUUAAGUCAAUGCAGCGUCCUCUGAAGUAGGGCUAGGUAUCGCCACCAAUUUACUGAAUGGAUUUGAUUCCAAUUCACAAUGUCUCAAUUCGAUUCAAUCCAUGAAUUUAUUUAAUUCAGUUCCGAUUUGAUUAGAAGUAUUUCAGUUACAAUACCACUCUUAGUUGGUUAUGAAAACAUUUUUAUAGAAUUAAUGUCAAUUAUACAAAUAUUCCUCACAACUGGCAUAUGGAUAAUAUUUGUAUACAUUAACAACAGAAUCCAAAGCAGUUCCAUUAAUGUAAUUUUUAUUUAACAUGACCAGCACACUGAUCACGUGACAUUCCAGUGUUACAUUUAGUACCAAGGUAGAAUGCAUCAAAUGCCAUUACCUUUAUUCAACAAAAUAUAUGUAACUAAUUAAAUCUGAACAGCUGUCCAGUCCCUGAGAAAGACAGUAGAAUCCUGAAAAUGUAAAUAAAUUACAUAUUAACCAGCACAUACAUUUGCAGUACGUAAUAAACUAGAAUUCCAAUUUUUCCCAACAAGGGGUUAUCAGCUGUGACUAUCUCACAUGGAAUGGUGCAGGAAAUCUGGUUUUAGUCAUUGAAAGAACAGUUUUGAAAUAAACUCAAACUCUGGACAUUAACAAAGUGCA